GUCUAGUGCUAUUAAAACACUAUACACUAAAUAAAUAGCUUAUUUUUUUUAAAAGGGAGAUCACGACUUUGUUGUGUGAAGUAUUGGAAUUAAAAAAUCAUAAGGAACCAUUGGAAAUACCAGAAUAAGAAGUUGAAGUUAAUGGCAGCGUUUAUAAGAAAAAUAAAACAAUGAGAUUAAUUUAUUACAAAAUGGAAAAGAAUAUGAUGAAAUAAUGACGCAAAAGUUUCCACGAGAAAGAUAAUGAAGUUAAUAACCUAAGGAACUUUACAUUAAAAAAAUGACUGGAUGACACUACUGUAAAUAAAUAAAUAAUCUCAGAAAAACAUGGCUAGAGACCAUUAUUUCCAAAGUCUGGAAUCAGUUAUGCUGCAGAACAUAAUUAAAAAAAUUAAAUUAAUUAUAAUAGUACUUUGAAAUAAUCUUUUAAUAUACUACACUAUACCUAUCUCUCUCAGAAUCACUCCACAUGCAAACCAGUUUAGUACAAUUACAAUCUCGACGCAACCAAAGCAAAUCCCUGAAAAUCCUCCAGUCAGCUGUCAGCGAUUAGACAUGAGCAUUAAUUUUUUUAGGUUAGAAAAAUAAAUUCAAAAAAAAAAUCAAAAAGAUGAAAUUCUUAAAUUUUUAAGUUGACAAAAAAAUAAAAAAUAAUCAAAUAAAUCAUGGCUUAUUUUCAUAAACUAGGUCACCGAUUUUUCACAACAAAAGCAAUCCAAAACUGGAAUUCCAAAAGUGAGAAAUUCAAUGAGAAAAUAAAGGGAACCAUAGUUGAAAAAUGGGUAAAAUAUUGGAAACUUGUUACCAAAGAUUACAAGGAAGUAGGUUUAUCUGUUAAACAAGAAAUUAAAGACAAACCUCUAAAAACUAUUGUGUAUUUUACUGGAGCAGCUUUAUUCGGUUUGUGUUGGGAGUUAAACCCAAACUUGCAAAGUUUCAGGGCAACAUAUAUAGCAUCAGCCAACGAUCUAAGUUUAGUACCUCUUACUCUAGCGAACCCAAAUUCAGUAGAACAUUUAAAACACAUUGAACAAUGUUUCAAUCGAAAAUAUAUAAGAUAUACAAACCUUGGACUUUUAUCAUUAAUAUGGGUAGAUAAAUUUAGUGAAGAAUGCGAUUUAUAUGAGAGCAACUGCUCAUACCUUAAAGUUCCUUUUUAUAAAAUAACAGGAAGAAUUUUAGAUGUUGGCUUUCUAAAUGUAUGGUGGAUUAUUUCUAGAAGAAUGCUCGAUUAUGAUAUAAAUUAUUAGUGUUUUUAUGUUUGUUAAAUUAAUAAAAUUGAAAAUUCGACUUA